UUCCCUUCACCUUCUUGUAGUCUGUUCUUCUUUUGCAAGAAGACUUUCCCUCUCCCUCAAUUUGGAAGAUGCAGUACUCAAGUGACUCGCUCACGAAUUCUCCCUCCUCCUCUUCUUCUCCAACACGUUCUCCGCCUUAUCAUGCCCCCAUUGCGUCUCCCUGUGCCGCCUGCAAGAUCCUCCGCCGGCGAUGCGUCGAACAGUGCGUACUAGCUCCCUACUUUCCCCCCUCAGAGCCUCAAAAGUUCAUUACGGCUCACCGCGUGUUUGGCGCCAGCAACAUUAUCAAGUUCCUUCAGGAUCUUCCGGAGUCACAGAGAGCAGAUGCAGUAAGCAGUUUGGUGUACGAAGCAAAUGCCCGGAUCAGGGACCCCGUCUACGGCUGCGCCGGCGCAAUCUUCCAGCUUCAGAAACAAUUGAGGGAGUUGCAGUCGCAGUUGGCGAUGGCGCAGGCGGAGAUCCUCAACAUGCAGACGCAGCAAGCGAACAUGGUGGCUCUCCUGUGCAAGGAGAUGGCGCAACCACUGCAACCAAUCUCCCCUCCAAGCGACUCAUUCACAGGCAACGAUUACGAUCUGCAGCUUCAGCAGGGAUAUGGCGGAUUCUUUGACGAUGCGAACAUUGGAGUUCUUUUGGAGCCCCUUUGGACAUGAUCGAUCAUGGGGAGUUCUUCACUGUGGAGUCCCUGGUGGCCAAAAUUCAGGAAUUUAUUACAGUUGCUGUCAUUAACCCGCCAUUGUAUUAAAUGACCAUACAAGUAGUACAC